UAGAGAAGGUCGGUGAGACGUCGACAGACGACAGUGGAAAAGUCGUCGCAUUCGUCGCGCUUUGCGUAAAAUUUUCAUUUUAUUUCUCCGAAUUUCCGUGGGUCUGGCGAAUGCCGUGUUAGUUCCCAUCGUGCGUGAUUGCCUUUCAAUCAGUGUCGUGUCUUGAUCCGCGCAUCUCGUCCACGCAAUUCCCUGCUGCCAGUCAGCCAGUCGCAAGUGCGCUAGAAAUCGGUCAAAUCGGUUAAUUGGAGGAAAAUGUUUCGAACGGCCGCGGUGCGUAAUGAAAAUCUGCUGCGGACGGCCCUUUGCCGGGCGAGUCGCGGCAAUCUGGCGGUGCGGACCCUCGCCACGCAGGCCCUGCAACGAAUCAACACCAGCAGAAACCUUGUGAAAAAUCAUACGCAAAAAGUCACAACAUGCAACGUAAAUUUUGUUCGUCAGUACUGCAGCAAUUUACCACCCCACACAAGAGUUCCACUGCCCGCACUUUCACCAACAAUGGAACAGGGGACAAUCGUUAGCUGGGAAAAGAAAGAAGGCGACAAAUUGAAUGAAGGUGACCUGCUCGCUGAAAUUGAAACUGACAAAGCAACAAUGGGCUUUGAAACACCUGAGGAAGGCUACUUGGCUAAGAUUCUUAUCCCAGCAGGAACAAAGGAUGUUCCUAUUGGUAAACUCCUUUGCAUUAUUGUUGAAAAUGAAGCGGACGUAGCGGCAUUCAAAGACUUCAAAGAUGAUGGCAAAGUAGCUGCGAAGCCGGCUGCUGCACCUGCUCCAGCUGCCGCAGCACCCCCACCACCACCACCGGUUGUUGCUGCUGCACCACCACCUCCGCCACCGCCUGCAGAUAGACCACUGACUGCAGUAGAACAGCGUGGACCUAGAGUAUAUGCGAGCCCAAUGGCGAAGAAACUGGCAGAGGCUCAACAACUUAGGCUCGAAGGUCGAGGAAGCGGAGUAUUCGGUUCAAUAAAAUCCCAAGACCUUGCAGGUAUGCAAGCCGAGGCUCCAGCCGCUGCUAAAGCUGCCGUUGCUCCACAAGGAGGAUAUAUUGAUAUUCCAGUGUCGAAUGUUCGUGCAGUUAUUGCUAAACGAUUGCUUGAGUCGAAAACCACAAUACCUCACUAUUAUUUGACGGUUGAGUGUGAAGUUGAUAAUUUAAUGAAAUUGAGAGCGAAGGUAAAUAAGAAGUAUGAGAAGGAAGGCGUUCGUGUUUCCGUCAACGAUUUCAUCAUCAAAGCCCUUGCAACCGCCAGUCGUAAAGUACCGGAAGCGAAUUCAAUGUGGAUGGGAAAUUUCAUUAGACAAUACGACAAUGUUGACGUGUCUGUCGCUGUAUCGACUGAGCGCGGACUUAUCACGCCAAUUGUGUUCAGUGCUGAUCGUAAGGGUGUUAUAGAUAUUUCGAAGGAUAUGAAGAAUUUAGCGACUAAAGCGCGUGAUGGAAAAUUACAGCCUGCCGAAUUCCAAGGUGGCACAAUUAGUCUUUCCAAUUUGGGAAUGUUUGGCAUUGAGUCAUUCUGUCCGGUAAUCAAUCCUCCACAAUCAUGCAUUUUGGGUGCUGGCACCACUGACAAGAAAUUGAUUCCUGAUCCGGAUGCUUUGAAAGGUUUCAGAGAGGUCACCGUCUUGAAAGUCACAUUAAGCUGCGAUCACAGAACUGUUGACGGUGCCGUCGGUGCUAAAUGGCUACAAUAUUUCAAGGAUUACAUAGAGGAUCCGCAAAAUAUGAUUCUCUAAGUGCCAUCAACUUGUAAAUUGAAGAUAUUAAAUCAAUUCAUCGGAAAGUGCAUAGCUGAAAAAAAUUGAACAUAAAAGACGAAAUUAUUAACAUCAAAAUGUGAACAGAGAAACUACUCCGACCUGCAUUAUAAAUUCAUAUGACUCCCACCUUCGUUUCUGCUGCAGAUCAGAUCUCCAUGCAGAUAUGGUUUACAUCUCUCAAAUCACAAACUUCCAACUUGCUGUUAUCGGGAAAAUGAAAACAAACUAAACAAAUUACGAAAUUCUUAUUUAUAAAUCGAAUUAUACUACUCCGCCUACAAGGCAGGAAAAUGGCGACUAAACCAAGUGAUCAGCUGCGAAAAUAGGCAUAAUAAUAAUUUAUUUAUGAAAUAUUCGAUUGAGUUUCCUUUAAAUUUAAAUCAACGACGUAAAACCAUGGCUAAUAAACUUCAAUUCACCCCGAAUCGGUUAAAUCAUUGAUCAUGUCGUUUUACUCGGAUAUUAUUCUCAAAUGUAUGUAGUUUGUAAGCGAACUCCAGAUGGUGUAUUUUGAUAUUAAUAAUGUGGUUAUUUGGUCAAAUGGAAAACAUGGAGGUAUCGAAAACGAAACAAUUGGUUGAACAGUUAAAGUACGUCCAGUACAUUUCAUUUAUCUCUAUUAUUGUUAUUUAAGACAUCAGGCAACAUAAAACGACAUUGUAGAAUAUCGAAUCAUACUUUAUUUAUAAAUAAAGAAAUCAUUUUAUUGAAUGUGGCCCUUAAAAUA